ACAACUCUCUCUCUCCACCCGCAUUCCCAACACUUACCCUUACACCCUUCAUACAUACAAACAACAACCACCUUUACAACCUUCAAACCCUCUCACAAAACCACACAAAAUGCCUCGUCAACGCCGUGGUGCCGCCCCUACUCCCGCGCGCAGCGCUCCCACCCGCCCUACCGCUGCUCCCGCCAGACCUGCUGCCGCCCCUUCCUACGGGCAGCAACAGCCUCACUCCACCGCUGCCGUCGGCUCCUCCAUCGGCCAUGCCAUCGGCGGAAUGUUCUUCGGCGGUGGUGGCGGCUCCAGUGCCCCCGCUGAGGCUCCCCAGCAGGCUGCGCCGGCUCCGGCUCAGGCCAUGGACAACGGUCUCUGGGCUGGAAACGCUACCAACAGCUCUUGGGAGGCGCCGGCUUGUGCUACGGAUGCGCAAAACUUCCGCAAGUGCAUGGAUGAGAACAAGGGUGAUUUGACGAUUUGUGGGUGGUACUUGGAUCAGUUGGUACGUUUUCCUUCUUCCCUUCUGUCUUUCUUUCUUUCUUGGUGGGAGAGACGUAUUGGGUGAUUGUGGAUGAUUGCUAAUGGCUAUUGUUUGUGUGUGUGUAGAAAGCUUGCCAGGCUGCUGCUAAGCAGUACUAGAGUGGUUUUUUGGUGAUUGAUGGAUGGUGGACGAGAUGAAUGAUUUUUUAUGGAUGGGCAUAUAUGCAUAGUGGUGGAUUAGCCCGUUAUUCUCUCUUAUUUUAUU